AAAUGACAGUUUUUCAUAUAUUUUUUGUUUGAUACACAAAUUUUACUUAUAGGGGAUAUAGUACAGCUCAUAAUAGAAAUAAACAUAAAGAAACUAGAAAUUUUGUGUUUAGCAUAUACUCAAAAAUGUCUAGAAGCACGUUUUUUACAUCGUUAGCCUUGGCGUUGCUGCUCCAAAAUGUCAACGCAGAAAUGCCUGCAUUCAAAUCAAUUUUUAAAUUCUUUGCCUACGGCUAUGGCAGUGAUGGUAACAGUAAUAGCACACGCACUAAGGAUAUCUCCGAUAUGACACUAGAUGAGCUGGGCAUCUCACGCGGUCAAUCUCACUACAAUUUCCUGUCAUAUAUAACAUAUAACGAACGCUUAUACUGCGCAGCCGAUGAUUACUAUAUAUUGCAUCUACUACCUAGUAAUAUUACGGAACCAGCACGCAAGCCACCAAUAAUGGUGCGUUGCCUGCAACCGGAACGUCAUGAAAAUGCCACACGCAAUGACAAUACACUCUUAAUAAUGCAAAAUUUAAAAGAUAUAGUAGCGCUACUAAAACCAAUAGGCAAUGCCACCAAACGUCAUGAACCGGGCAGUUGCGUUAUUGUGCUCUUCUACACCGAAUCAAGUUUGGGUUGUUCACUUGUUGCACCAUACGCCAAUAUGUUGCCCAUACUAUUCCCCACACUACGUUUUGCCGCUAUAGAUGCCUUUCAAUUUCCCAGUUUCAACACGGAAUUCGGCAUAGUGGGUUUGCCAACGCUGUUGCUAUUCCAUCAAGGUCGUCCAGUAGUUAAAUUUUAUAGCGACAGUUUCCAUGCUUUUGUGACACGCCACACUGGCAUUAAACACAUCGAACCAAUGCCGAAAGAGUCUGAAGUGACUGGACCAUUACCAGUGCAGCCAGUACCGCAAGUUGAUUAUGUGCUCAUACUAGCUUGGACAUUCAUUUUGCUGUGCUUGGGAAAUUAUUUCGCCAAAUCGCGUUUGUGUAAUCAAAUUGUUGAAAUGAUCAAACGAAAUUGGCGUGAAUCGGAAGCGCGCAUGGAGCGUAAUUGAAUGUGUUUGAAUGGAAGGUUCAAAUUUAAGUUUUAAGUUUUUGCUGUAAAUGUGAAUGUUUUUCAAUAAGUCUAGCAUUAUUUCGAAUAAAUUUUAAAUAACAAAACUGGG